AUCGUAGUCAAAUUCGAUUUUGUCGCAAUUGCCUUCUCGUACUACCUUCCAAAAUUUCAUCAUCCACUUACUUGAUCAGGCCAAGUGCAACUUGCAAGUUGCAAGCCUAAUACAAUGUCCUAAAUCUACAUUCAAUGAAUACAAAUCUCGUUCAUUUGGAUGUUUCUUAUCAUCCUCUUAUUUAAACACGCAAUUUAGCUACCGAUGACGGUGAGCUUAACUAGAGGCAUUAAACAGGUAUGUCUUCAUUUCCUCUGGCUUCUUAUGAUUUUCCGUUUUUUUUAGUUAAAUUUAUGAAUAAGCUUCACUUUGAUUGCUUCUGAAAAUGUGAUUGAGUAGACUAAGAAGGAAUACAGCUGUUGUAUUUGAGGCUUGAUUAAUGGACGCUGGUGGAGAAGAUGAUGUACACAAAUAUAGUCGAAAGGGAAAAUUUUCAAACAGGAGCAAAAGUGUUUCAAUAUCCAUCCCAGUGAUCUCCAAUGAAUUGAAUUCGGGUGAAAAUGAUGGUGUUUUAAAUAGGUGGACACAUCAAAAGUUAUCAUUUCUAAAACAUUUUACAUUUGGAGUCAUGAAGCCAGAUGAAAAACUUGUUCAACUGUUGAACCAAUUCGUGCUCGUUUCUUGCAUACUUGCCAUUUUCAUUGACCCCUUAUUCUUUUACUUGCUGUCGAUGAAGAAGGACUUUAAGUGUGUAGUAAUUGAUUGGACAAUGGCAAUAACCCUUGUGGUUUCCAGAAGCAUAACGGACCUUAUAUAUUUCUUGCGCAUGCUUGUUGAGUUCAGGUUAGCAUACAUUUCACCUGACUCAGUAGUUGUAGGUGCUGAAGACUUGGUUAAAAGUCCUAGAAAAAUCAGGUCACGUUAUCUUUCUGGGUUUUUCUUGCUUGACUUAUUUAUCGUACUACCUGUUCCUCAGAUAGUUGUACUAUUUAUCCAACCAAAUGGCCUUACAUCACCUGGAAUUAGUAACGCAAAGUUUAUCUUGCAAACAGCUUUUAUUAUACAGUACAUUCCUAGAUUAUACCGAUUUCAGCCUCUUCUUGCUGGCCAGUCUCCAAGUGGUUUCAGAUUUGAGUCAACAUGGGCCAACUUUUUCAUCAAUCUUCUGACUUUCGUCUUGGCUAGUCAUUUUAUUGGGUCAUGUUGGUAUAUGUUAACGAUAAUGAGGAUGAAUAGAUGCCUUCGAGACGUCUGUAAUAAUUCUACAAUUACGGAUUGUAGAAAGUUUAUAGAUUGCGGGCGUGGGAAUGAUUAUGGGGGUUUUGAAGCUGUCAAUCUUACUACCGAGAAAAGUUUACUCACAAGAUAUGUAUACUCCUUUUUUUGGGGGCUUCAGCAAAUCAGUACACUCGCUGGAAAUCAAACUCCAAGUUAUAUCGUUGGGGAAGUUUUUUUUACCAUGGGCAUCAUUGGACUUGGCCUUCUACUUUUCGCCCUUCUUAUUGGAAACAUGCAGAACUUUCUUCAAGGUCUUGGACGCAGACAACUUGAAAAGUCACUUAGAAGACGUGAUGUUGAGAAGUGGAUGAAACACCGUCGCUUGUCAGAAGAGAUACGAAGAAAAGUUCGAGAGUCAGAGCAUUAUAGUUGGGAGGCUACCCAAGGGGUUGAUGAAGAGAUGCUAAUGGAGAAUCUACCUGAAGAGUUGCAAAGAGAUAUACGAAGACAUCUCUUUAAGUUUGUCAAGAAAGUCCGAAUAUUUUCACUUCUGGAUGAAACAGCUUUAGAUGCAAUAUAUGAGAGGUUAAAGCAAAGGACUUACAACAACGGAGGCACAAUAUUAUAUGAAGGAGGAUUUGUAACAAAGAUGACUUUUAUUGUAAGAGGAACGUUGGAGAGCAUUGAAAAAAAUGGGAAUAAUAAAGUUUUAUUGUUGGAGGGUGAUGUAUGCGGUGAAGAACUUCUCAAAUGGUGCCUUGAAGAUAAAAGAAACCAGAGAAAACAAGGAAACAGAUUGCUUAGCAAAAGGACAGUGAAAUGUUUAACAAGUGUGGAGGCAUUUGUUCUUCGAGCUGAAGAUCUUGAACAAGUGAUCACUCUUUUUGAUGGAUUUUUAAAGAAUCAUCGUCUUCAGUUUGCCAUUAGGAAAAAAUCUCCAUACUGGCAAGGUGUGGCGGCAACCACCAUCCAGGUGGCAUGGAGAUACAAGAAGAAGCGGCUAAGCCAUGCACGUGGUCAUACCACUAAUUUUUUGUAACAUUAUUAGUAGUUUUCUUGGCUUAUGAAGUUGUAAUAUUUUUCUUUGAAUGACAUAUAUACCCUUAGGGAAUCUAUUCCAUUUGCAUUGUUAAGAAGUAGUUGAGCUCGCUUACUAUGCUAA